UGUAGAAUCACAGUUGUGGAAUGUUUGGGCUUUUCCAAGCGUUUUCCCGAAGCUUCCAAUACUUUCUGAAUUGAAUCCUCUCCUCAGUCCGAUGAAUGUUUAGAUUGACGAAUCUGAAGACUGUGGAGGUUUAAGAUGACAGCUGAAGACUCGGAUGUCGGAGAUUUUUUCUGUCGUGAUUCAGAAGCAUCAAACUUCAGUUCCAGAUGGGCGCACACUGGCCUCAGCAUCAGCCGGAGACACAGGUAGAAAAGAAACCGUUGUGCUGUAGAAGAACAACGAGCCGCUUGAAUGCCAGCAACUAUGACAUCACAGCUGUACGCACCAUCACAGUCCCGCCACCAUAGGAUUAUCAGGGCGCCCAAACCACACGUGGGCUCCCUCAUUCACAUCAUGUGGAUACUAACAAUGGGAUUUACUCCAGAAUCCCAGGCCGCUUCCUCAGAUACUCAACCCCACUCCAUAAAGAUUGAAGGAGACAUUACUCUCGGAGGGCUCUUUCCGGUUCAUUCCAGGGGCCCUGCUGGAAUCCCUUGUGGAGAGGUUAAGAAGGAGAAAGGCAUCCACAGAAUGGAGGCCAUGUUGUACGCUCUGGACCAGAUCAACAGUGACCCGGACCUGUUGCCUAACAUCACGCUGGGCGCCAGGAUUUUGGACACGUGCUCCAGGGAUACAUAUGCACUGGAGCAGUCGCUCACGUUUGUCCAGGCCCUCAUCCAGAAGGACAAUUCAGACGUUCGAUGCUCCAAUGGAGAGCCGCCUAUCAUCCCAAAACCUGAGCGCGUGGUGGGGGUCAUCGGGGCUUCGGCCAGCUCUGUGUCCAUUAUGGUGGCCAAUGUUCUCCGAUUGUUUGCGAUUCCUCAGAUCAGUUAUGCUUCGACAGCACCCGAGCUUAGUGACAACAACCGCUAUGACUUUUUCUCCCGAGUCGUGCCGCCUGAUUCCUUUCAGGCCCAGGCCAUGGUGGACAUUGUCAAAGCCAUGGGGUGGAAUUAUGUUUCCACUCUGGCAUCAGAGGGCAACUAUGGAGAGAGUGGUGUAGACGCUUUCAUCCAGAUAUCCAGGGAAGCAGGAGGUCUUUGCAUCGCACAGGCCAUUAAAAUUCCUCGGGAGCCGAGACCUGGAGAGUUUGACAAGAUCAUCAAAAGGCUAAUGGAGACAUCCAAUGCCAGAGGGGUUAUUAUUUUCGCUAAUGAAGAUGACAUCAAGCGUGUCCUAGAAGCUGCAAAAAGAGCCAAUCUUACUGGUCACUUUUUGUUUGUGGGAUCUGACAGCUGGGGUGCAAAAAUCUCACCAAUUCUGAACCAGGAAGACGUGGCUGAGGGUGCAGUAACCAUCUUGCCCAAACGGGCAUCCAUUGAAGGUUUCGAUCAAUACUUCACCACAAGAUCCCUGGAAAACAACAGGAGGAACAUCUGGUUUGCUGAAUUCUGGGAGGACGACUUCAAAUGCAAGCUGACACGGCCUGGAAUCAGAGGCGACGGCGGGCUGAGGAAAUGCACAGGAGAGGAACGAAUCGGCCGGGAUUCGGGGUACGAACAGGAAGGCAAGGUGCAGUUUGUGAUCGACGCGGUGUACGCAAUGGCCCACGCUCUUCACAGCAUGCACAUCGACCUCUGUCCCGGUUCAAUGGGUGUUUGCGACAAAAUGGACCCGGUGGAUGGAAGAAUGCUGCUGACUUACAUCCGUGCCGUCAAUUUUAAUGGCAGCGCCGGCACAGGUGUGAUGUUUAAUGAAAAUGGUGAUGCCCCAGGACGAUACGAUAUCUUCCAGUACCAGCUUUCCAACACCACCAACCCGGGAUAUAAACUCAUCGGCCAGUGGACCAACCACUUACGACUCAGUGCUGAAGAUAUGCAGUGGUCUGGAGGGGAAAAGCUGGUUCCAGACUCAGUGUGCAGUUUUCCGUGUGAAUCCGGGGAGAGGAAGAGGAUGGUGAAGGGGGUGCCAUGCUGUUGGCAUUGUGAGCUCUGUGAUGGGUAUCAGUUCCUACUGGAUGAAUUUAACUGUGACAUGUGCCCGUUUGACAUGAGACCCACCCCCAACCGCACGGCCUGCCGUCCCACACCCAUCAUCAAGCUGGAGUGGAGCUCUCCGUGGGCCAUUAUCCCUGUUUUUCUGGCUGUAUUGGGAAUUCUUGCAACAACGGGAGUCAUCGCCACCUUCAUACGCUUUAAUGACACCCCAAUAGUCCGCGCUUCGGGCCGAGAGCUCAGUUAUGUGCUUCUGACAGGCAUCUUCCUCAUAUAUCUUAUCACGUUCCUCAUGAUCGCUGAGCCAGGCACUGUGGUGUGUGCAUUUCGGAGGCUGCUCUUGGGACUGGGGAUGUGCAUCAGUUACUCUGCCAUGCUCACCAAAACCAAUCGAAUCUACAGGAUCUUUGAGCAGGGGAAGAAAUCGGUCACACCGCCAAAGUUUAUCAGCCCCACGUCCCAGCUGAUCAUCACAUUUAUUCUGAUCUCAGUACAGCUCUUGGGUAUUUUCAUAUGGUUUGGAGUGGUUCCUCCUCACACCAAUGUGGACUUUGAUGAGCUGCGUCCUCCAAACCCUGAGUUUGCGCGAGGGAUUCUGAAGUGUGACAUGUCGGAUCUGUCUCUGAUUGGCUGUCUGAGUUACAGUAUGGGGCUGAUGGUCACCUGUACAGUCUACGCCAUCAAGAGCAGAGGAGUUCCUGAAACCUUCAACGAGGCCAAACCCAUUGGCUUUACCAUGUACACCACGUGCAUCAUCUGGCUGGCCUUCGUCCCCAUCUUUUUUGGCACAUCACAAUCCACCGAAAAGAUGUUCAUUCAGACCACCACGCUGACCGUGUCCAUGAGUUUGAGUGCCACGGUGUCCCUGGGCAUGUUGUACAUCCCCAAAGUCUAUGUCAUCAUCUUCCACCCCGAGCAGAACGUGCAGAAGCGCAAGCGCAGCUUCAAAGCCGUGGCUCAAGCGGCCACAGUCUCCACGCAUCUCUCGCAGAAAUCCAGUGACAAGCAGAAUGGAGAGACCAAAGUUGAGCCAGACAGAUCGCAGUGAAGGUUUCCAAGUGUACAUCAAAAAAUCCUACUUUGAGGACACAGUCAAAACAAACUUCUGUUUGAUAAAUCACAUUUAAAUGGAAAAAUAUCACCAGAAGAUGUGCAGGUCUCACUGCAACAACAACAACAACAAAAAAAAAAACACCGAAGGAAUGAAUAAAUGAACAAUAUGAUAUGUACAGAAAUGAAAAACUCUCACAUCAGCAUUAAGACUGGAACCUAUUUAAUAUUUCUUUUCCCUAAAAUUUCACCCCAGCAUCAACGAUGAGGCUGUCAUUCUAGAUCGAUAAACUCAUGAUAAAGACAACUGUUCAAACAGAGCUGGAGAAAAACAUCCAAAAGUUUCCCCCACCAGCAUUUCUUGAAGGACCGAGUGUUGCAAGCGAGAGCAGACAUAACACUUGAGUGUCGUCUCCAUCCUAAUAUCCUUUUCCUUGGUGCAAAUCAUAUUUAAGAUCGACCGAGACUGUCCGAGCCACAGAGACAAUUUUGGGAUCAAAAGCAGUCCAGCCAGUGGAGUUUCACUGUCUUCAAACUCUUCGCUUUUAAAAAACGUGCCAUAACUGUUUCAGAAUAAAUGUUUUAAGUGUCUUGUGCGCAGUCCUCAUGAUAGGCAAUAUCCUAUUCUUAAACAUAUUUAUUAAAGAUUAUAUAGAGAAACCAAGAGAAAGCUAUGACAAUCUGAUUAGUAGUUUCAUGAUGAUGUUUCCCUGAGCUCCCCGAGUCUGAAAACAAUAUAUUAUGAUGGUCAGUAUUUGAUUAAUUGAUUUAAAUACUAAUAAAAAGAAAGUGGUAAGAUUUUAGAGAUGAA